AUGGCCGCCCUUCCCUCCACCUACGACGAGCCCGUCCGUAUCGCCGUUAUUGGCGGUACUGGUCUGCGUGAGCUCCCCGGCUUCACCCAGGUUGCGUCGUUGAACAUCUCGACUCCUUGGGGCACCCCCUCUUCCCCCAUCACCAUCCUGCACCACAAGUGCUCCCACAACAACCAGACGGUCGCCAUCGCCUUCCUGAGCCGUCACGGUCUGCACCACCAGAUCGCUCCCCACGAGGUUCCCGCCCGCGCUAACAUCGCCGCUCUGCGCUCCAUCGGUGUCCGCACCAUCAUCGCCUUCUCCGCCGUCGGUAGCUUGCAGGAGGAGAUCAAGCCCCGCGAUUUCGUUGUUCCCGACCAGGUCAUCGACCGCACCAAGGGUAUCCGUCCGUUCACCUUCUUCGAGGGCGGCGUUGUCGCUCACGUUCCUUUCGGUGACCCCUUCGAUGAGGGUGUCGCCAAGGUCGUCCGGGCCUGUGGACACAGCUUGGAGGGUGAGGGUGUUGUCCUGCACGACCGCGGUACCCUGAUCUGCAUGGAGGGACCUCAGUUCUCCACCCGCGCUGAGAGCAAGCUGUACCGCUCCUGGGGUGGCAGCGUCAUCAACAUGUCCUGCCUGCCCGAGGCCAAGCUGGCCCGCGAGGCCGAGAUCGCCUACCAGAUGAUUUGCAUGUCCACUGACUACGACUGCUGGCACGAGUCGACCGCCGAUGUGACCGUGGAGAUGGUCAUGGGCAACAUGAAGGCCAACGCCGUCAACGCCAAGCGCUUCGUGACUGCUGUGCUCGACGAGCUGGCCGCUGAACAGAACUCUCAGCUGGUGCAGGCCAAGCACAUCGAGGGAUCCGUCAAGUUCGGCAUGAGCACUGCCCAGCCCAACUGGAGCCCCGAGGCUCGCGAGCGGAUGAACUGGCUGUUCCCUGGCUACUUCAACUAG